AUUAUUGAUUAAAAAUCGACCUUGAUUCAUGGAUAUUUCAUAAUCAAAUCAUGUAUGAUUCAUUGUGUCGAAUUUGCAUUCUGGAUGAUCAUUUGAUGAGCACACACACACACACACAAACAUUCUGUUUACAUUGGCAAAACUCGUCUGUUCAUUCAUUGGGUGGUGGUGGUGGUGGUGGUAGUAAUUAUUCUAUAGAGAGGUAUUUCUCAAAUAUUAAAAAAAAAAAUGAAACAAACUUUAUUCAUAUACCCGAAAAUGAAUUGUUCUGAAUGAAUUCAUCCAAUGAUUGUGUGUUUACCUGUGUCUGUCUCUACAAACAAAACGCAAAAAAAUGUCCUGGAAAACAAUGGAAAACAUAUUUCAAACGGCCAUCGUUACAAAUGAUAUUGAUCUUGCACGAACGGUCAUUCAUAUGGUGAAUAUAAAUACAUUUUUUGAUCAUCGUCAAGAGCUACCAUUACAUUUAAGUGUUAAAAAUGGCCAUAUAAAUAUGGUUAAAUUUCUUAUUGAAAAUGGUGCCAAUGUCAAUAUGAUGGAUCGUUCAUAUUUAUAUCCAUUACAUUAUGCAUGUUUAUUUGUUCAUCCAUCGAUAGCAUCGUUAUUGAUUAUGGCUGAUGCAGAUCCAAAUGUCACUUCAUUGAAAGCACAGACACCAUUAUUAGCAGCUAUUGAAUCAAAUUCACUUGAACUAGUCAAAAUUCUUGUCAAAGCUGGUGCCGAUAUUGAAAUGGCCGAUUCUUUUAAUUCAAAUACACCAUUACAUCAAGCUUGUUUACAUUUUCCAUCGAAUGCUCGUUUGGAUAUUGUCAAAUAUUUGAUUGCAUGUGGUGCUAAUGUUAAUACGAAAAAUAAUUCUGGUUUUACACCAUUAUUAACUGCCAUACUUCAGAAUUAUAGUAUAAAUGUACGUCUAAUCAAGUUAUUAUUACGUUCUGGUUGUGAUCCAGAUGAAGCAAACAAAGCUGGUAUAUCACCAUUGUUGGCCACUAUUCGACGAUCUAGUGAUCAUUUUGAUGAUGGUGUAGAAACAGUGCAGCUAUUGAUUGAUCAUGGAUGUAAUGUAAAUGCACGUGAAUUUGAAUAUUGUCAUCAGGCGCCCGUAUUGACACCUGGCGAUACUGCAUUGAAUAUUUCGAUUGAUCGUAAUCAAGAUUCAAUUACUGAAAAACUAAUACGAAAUGGUGCCAAUGUUUGUGUGGAAAAUUCACAUGGUGAAACGCCAAUAUUUUCAUUAUUACGUGAUCGUAAAUAUGUUCUAGCUAGACAAGCUAUAGCGAUAAUGCCAUUCAUUUCAACAAAACAUUUACAACAAUUAUUAAUACAUCAUUAUCUAUCCGAUGAAUAUCAAAUGGAUGAAGAUACGAAAAAUUUUCAACAAAUCAAACGUUUCCUAUUACAACGAUGGCCAUAUUUUCCACGUUUAAUGCAUCUAUGUCGUUGUUCAUUGAGAAAAUUUUUGGGAAAAAAUUCUGAUCAAUUAAUCGAACAAUUAUGUUUGCCCGAAUCGAUAAGAAUGUUUUUAAUGUUGAAACAAUUGUAAUUUAAACGUACUUAGAUUAGAUAUAUAUAAAUUGAAAUCAGUGAUUUU